GCCAAGUCAAGAAGGAGCUCAGUCGCUAACUACCUCCCCACCGAGCCAGCUCAGCCAGGCAGGCCUGGAGGGAGUGGGACAGAUUCUGGGAGUGCAGCGGGGAGGAGUCCUGGCUGGGCUGAGCUGGGGAGCUGCUUGGCAGUGCCAGAGCCCAGGCCCCAGAGCCCUACUGGAGAGGAGGUGGACGCAGGAGGCAGGCCCCAGGAGGAGUGAGGCAGUGAGAUGGCGGACAGCUACACAGAGCUGGAGAAGGCAGUCGUGGUCUUGGUGGAAAACUUCUACAAAUACGUGUCUAAACAUAGCCUGGUCAAGAACAAGAUCAGCAAGAGCAGCUUCCGCAAGAUGCUUCAGAAAGAACUCAAUCAUAUGCUGACGGACACCGGGAACAGAAAGGCUGCCGACAAGCUCAUCCAGAAUCUGGACGCCAACCACGACGGGCGCAUCAGCUUCGAUGAGUACUGGACCUUGAUAGGCGGCAUAACGAGCCCCAUUGCCAACCUCAUCCGCCAGCAGGAGCAGCAGAACAGCAGCUAGAGGACCCCUCCCACCCUCCCUGGAAGCACUGCCCCUCGCUGCCCCUCGUGUUCCCCCCAGCUUUCCUCCUCAGCCUCCUCAGUCACCCAGGCCUCUGUCCAGGCUCCCCUCCAGACCUUCUGACCCUGCAGAGCUGGAGGCAGGGAUCUCAGGGCUUCUUUAUAAGUAUCUCAACGUGGGGGUACCUCCCCAAGGGUCUCAGUCCCUGGAGCCAAUAGACCCUAGGGGCCCUUCUGUGAGAUUUCCAUGCUGUUUGGGGUCCCCAAGAGAAUUCCCUCACCUGUUCAGUCCCUGUACCCUUGGGGCAUCUGAUACUCCUGCCUGAUACUGUCUCUCUGUCUCUGGCAACAGCAGUAGAGACCACUCCUCUCUCCCCCAUCCCCUCUGCUGGGUGGGGAAGACGUCCAGGGACUCCCCACCGACUGCCUCUGGGUCUGGGAAUGAGCUAAGGGGGGUUGAGCCCCCUCCCUCCUGCUCAAUCAAAGGAUGGCAAUAAAAGUUGGAUUUGGAGUUUG